AUGCCAGUGAGGGAUCCUAGACUUAGAAUUGGAGGGAAGGUGACGGCAAAGGCUUGUCAUGUUGUGCAUCUGAGCGAGUGCGCACGGAGAUAUGGCGUCAACAAGCACUCCAAGCGGCUUGUUGGAACGGUUCUAGACGUCACGACCACCCCUGUAUCCAUUACAACCGGGCGUACCUCUACUUUGAUAACAGCAGUUUAUGAUUUUGGAGAGAGUUUGUUCAAGGAAAAAACACUGAACAUUCGGAGUGUAAAGGCAUUUGUACCGCCAGAAGAUGAAGGAAUGUCCUUAAUUGAGGAAUUAGCAGCAGAGGCUUUGCAGGCAGCAGAAGCAGACAUGGAAGCCGGAAACUUGAUGGAAGAAAGUGUCGAAGCCCCGGUAGCCGAAAUGGUUGAAACCCCGGCUGACAUAGAGCCCGAUACCUUGGUCGACACAGAGCCCAAUACCCCGGUUGACACAGAGCCCGAUAGCCCGGUAGCCGAAAUUGUCGAGACCCCGGUUGACACUGAUACCUCGGUUGACACAGAGUCCGAAAACCCGGUAGCCACAGUGCACCAAACAGAGUGCAAAACAAGAAUCCAAUCACAACCGGAGAACUUCUUCGGUUCUUUGGAAUGCUCAUACUCACUACAAAGUUUGAGUUCAGUAGCCGGGCCCAACUAUGGUCCACCACUGCACCCUCCAAGUACAUUCCUGCCCCUUCAUUUGGACGCACAGGAAUGUCCCGGCAACGGUUUGACAAUAUCUGGAAAUAUAUCCGUUGGAGUGAACAAUGUCCAGUCCGACCCGAUGGGAAAGACGAUAACUGACGACGAAGAGGGUGACGAGGAGGAUGAGUAUCUACCGCAUGGUGCAAAAAUUAUCAAAGAACUUGUUUGUCCUUGGUGGGGGAGUGAUCGGAUUGUGUGUGCUGAUUCUUAUUUUGCCUCCGUUGUGACAGCUGUCAAGCUUAAGAGGAUUGGCUUGAGAUUCAUUGGGGUUGUGAAGUCGGCAACGAGAAGAUAUCCAAUGGCCUACCUUUCACAGUUGGAAAUGACAAGUAGAGGAGAAUGGAAAGGAUUGGUGACAGACAGAAUCUCGGAUGGAAGUUGUGACCUGAUGGCUUUUGUAUGGGUGGACCGAGACCGUCGAUAUUUUAUAUCAACAGCAUCCAAUCUGAAUAGAGGCUGGAGUCCAGUUUGCUACCGGUGGAGACAGGUGGAUACAUCACCUGAUGCAGACCCUGAGAGGGUGGAGAUCAAUAUUGCGCAACCAGUUGCAGCAGAAGUGUAUUAUUCUUGCUGUGCAAUGAUUGACAGACACAACCGGAGUCGGCAGGAUACACUGAUGCUUGAAAGAAAACUUGGCACAUGGGAUUGGUCGACACGAGUCAACUUAUCAAUUUUUGGUAUCAUUGUUGUGGGCACAUGGUUAGCCUACAGCCAAUGUACAGGAAUAGGAAAGUCUGCUGGACGAGAAGAAAAGCAGAAGGAUUUCUACAGUGCCUUAGCCGAGGAGCUGGUGGACAACCAGUACGAUAGUGUUGGAAGUCGGAAAGUUGGGAGGGAACUGGAGAGCCGCGAUGUGGUCUCUCCGCACAUCUAA